AUGCCUCCGCAAGGUGACCAAAGCUUGAGUCGCCGCUUGUACGACGCGGACAAGAGGAUCGAGUCCGCGCGACUCUACGGAGACGUAGCGACAUACCAGUACUACUAUGUCGACUUGCUUGUGGGCUCACCGGUGCCACAACGAACCUCCGUCAUCGCAGACACGGGAAGUACUCUCUGCGCAUUCCCCUGCACUGGCUGCAAGAUGUGUGGCCAUCAUCUGGACGCGAACUUCGAUUUUCAGAAGUCGAAGACGGCGGAAUGGGUCAAGUGCAGUCGGCGGGGCUGCGACACGUGCAGGAUGAACUACUGCGCCUACAGUCAGAGCUACACGGAAGGCAGCUCCAUCGAAGGCUAUCGCUUUACGGACUAUGUCCAACUCGGCGAUGAGUUCCAGGAAAAUCCACCUGUCCGGGUGCAGCUGGGAUGCCACAGCCGUGAGACAAGGCUCUUCGUCACGCAGAAGGCCAACGGAAUCUUUGGCCUGGCCCCAGCCAAAGAGAGGAUGCCGACCAUUCUGGUGGAUGUGUUCAAGGAUAAGGCCCACGUGAACGCUGCGGUUUUCGCCAUGUGUCUGUCAUCCCAGGGCGGUCUCCUGACUGUUGGAGGCUUCAACGAAUCCCUGAACACGGCGGGCGUGCAGUGGAUUGCCCUCGGCUUGCACGGCUUCUACAGCGUCGCCGUCUCGAAGAUGGUCGUUGAGGGACCCGGAGGCUCUGAGCUUUCAGGUGGCUUUGGACGCACGAUCGUCGACUCGGGCACGACCUACACAUACCUUCCAGAUGGGCUUUACCGUCAGCUGAAAUCGAGCGUCCAGACCUACUGCAAGGAGCACAAUGGCUGUGGCGCACGAGGAACGGGCAGCACAUGCUGGACAGUUCCAGGAGGCGCUCUGUCGUCAUUUCCACCCAUUCGGGUAGUUUUUCAAAAAGGUGCUUCGGUGAAUUGGUACCCCAGCUCCUACCUCUACCGCCGCAGCAGCGGCGAUCUCUACUGCUUGGGCUUUGAGAGCAACGGCGCAGCGCGGGAGACUGCCGGCUGCCUCAGAAGGGACAAAUGUUCGAACGGGGGUUUAGGGUUUAGGGUUUAG